UUGUCUUAGUUCAUGAUGAUGAUGAUGAGGAUGCGUACAGCCGUGGUUCUCUGGGUCCUCUCAGCGGUGAUCUGCGUAGCGAGCGCCAACAGCGUCUCCCUGGUGAAUGACGCCAACCAGGAGUUUUCCUUCAGCCUCUACAGGAAGCUAGCAGCUCACGCUGACUUACAGGGACAGAAUAUCUUCUUCUCCCCUUUCUGCGUGUCCACCGCCUUGGCUGCGUUGUCCGUGGGAGCGCAGGGGGAGACGCACCGCCAGCUUUUCAAUGGUCUUGGUUUCACCACCGCACCCCUGACCCAGACAGAUGUGGACCAGGCCUUCCAGACGCUCCUCCAGGGAGCCAACAACCCAUCCCAGGGGGACGCCAGCAAAGGGACCGCCGUGUUCGUGGACAACCGCUUCAAGCCAAAGCCGGAGUUCCUGCAGACCCUGAAGCAGUCGUACUUCACAGAGGGGUUCAACGUGGACUUCACCAAAACCACAGAAAGUGCAGAUACCAUCAAUAAGUACGUGGAGGAGAAGACCAAUGGGAAGGUUGACAAGCUGGUGGAAAACCUGGAUCCGAACACCGUUAUGUAUCUCCUCAGCUACAUCUACUACAAAGGAACUUGGGCCACUCAGUUUGACCCUAACCUCACCGAGCAGGACGACUUCCACGUGGACGAGAAUACAAAGGUUCCGGUCCUCAUGAUGAAUGUGGAGACUGGUUUCCGCACCUACCAAGACCACGAGCUGAACACGAUGGUCCUUGUACUCCCCUUCACCAGCUCUUACUCCAUGCUGCUGAUGAUGCCGGACGUCAUGGCAACGCUGGAGAACGGCAUCUCCCCAGACCACGUCUCCAACUGGAUGAUGGCCGAGCCCAGGAGACAAAAUGUAUAUAUUCCCAAGUUCUCCAUCAAGACUUCAUACAACCUGAACGAUGUGCUGUCAGAAAUGGGAAUGACGGACAUGUUCAGUGACCGUGCAAACUUCAGAGGCAUUUCAGCGGAGCAGGGACUGUCCGUCUCAGAUGUUGUCCACCAAGCCACGCUGGACGUGGACGAGACCGGCGCCACCGCUGCCGCCGCCACAGGCGUCUCAGUCGGAGUGACGUCUAUCAAUGACCCCGUGAAGUUCAACCGUCCGUUCAUGGUCCUCAUCACUGAACGCAAUGCAGAGAAGAUCCUCUUCAUGGGCAAGAUCCUCAACCCGACCGUCUGAUGGUCUCUCUGGGUCCAGCUCAGCUGUUGCAUCUCAUAACUAAAGGAGUCA